AUGGCGCUUGCCUGGUUAAGUCGGCAGCCAUGGUACAACAAAUUCAAGCAGACAGCUGUCAAACAGCCGGUGAUUGUUUACAUUGAAGGAAACAUAGGAGUUGGCAAGUCAACGUUACUGAAGAAAUUGGAAGAAAAAGGAUACCUUGUAGUGCAAGAACCAGUUUCCCAGUGGACAAACUAUCAUGGGAUUAAUUUCCUGGAAUUGUACACUCAAGAUAUGCAAAAGUGGGCGUUUACCUUUCAAUCAAUGGUGCUCAGUACAUUGUGGCAGGCUCAACUAGAAGCUAUACAACAAGAAAAUCCUGUCAUCAUCGCAGAGCGAUCUCUACAUAGUGUGGUCAAGAUGUUCGCUAAAACGCAGAAAGACGCGGGAUUUAUGAACGAAGAGCAGUAUGUAUUGCUUGACAACACAGCCAAGACUAUGGUAUCUCAGUACAAGAGAAAGGAAUACUUCAUAUAUCUUCGAGGCGGUGUUUCAACAGCCUACAAAAGGAUCCAUAAAAGGGCAAGGGAUGAAGAGAGCACAUUGUCCAAGGGUUACAUCCAACAGCUUCAUCUGAUUCUGGACAACUGGAUGGAGAACGAACCAGGACUUCAUGCAGUAGUGGAUGCCACAGGAUCUCCAGAGACUGUGCAACAACAAGUCAUCGAGGCCUUGGGACAAUUACCAAGUUAA